AUGACUUAUUGCACCAACUUCGAACUGAUAAGUCUUCAACUUAGAUGUACUGCUUUACCACACGAUCUCGAUGGAAAGGCGGGGCUGCGAUCCAAUGCACAUCGAGACGCCUUGUGUGAUCUCCUAAACCCGAAGACGCUUUGGUCCGAUUAUGGCUAUAUCGGAGAUGUUACGCCAUUCACUGCCGACUUUCCCAGAGCCGACAUCCACGAACUCCUCACAUCGGACCUCCUUCAUCAGGUCAUCAAAGGAACAUUCAAAGACCACCUCGUUACAUGGGUCAGCGAAUAUCUGGUCAUCGUCCAUGGAAAGUCAGGAGCGGCGGCAAUAAUGGCCGAUAUUGAUCGUCGGAUUGCAGCCGUUCCUUCAUUUCCUGGCCUUCGACGUUUUCCUGAAGGGCAUGGCUUCAAGCAAUGGACGGGCGAUGAUUCAAAAGCCCUGAUGAAGGUUUACCUGCCAGCCAUUGUUGGGCAUGUUCCACCACAAAUGGUGCAGGCUCUCGCUGCCUUCCUGGACUUUUGUUAUCUCAUCCGCCGAUCCGUUCAUACAGAGGCCACCCUGCACGACAUCGACGAAGCUCUAGCGCGAUUCCAUGAACAUCGCCAGAUCUUUGAGAAGGUAGGGGUUCGUCCAGAAGGCUUGUCGCUGCCACGCCAGCACUCGCUCGUUCACUACAAGACAGUUAUUCAGCUCUUCGGAUCUCCAAAUGGUCUCUGCUCGUCGAUCACAGAAUCCAAACACAUCAAGGCCGUCAAAGAACCAUGGCGGUGCUCCAGUCAUUACAAGGCGCUCAGACAGAUGCUCCUCACCAAUCAGCGUCUUGACAAACUUGCUGCUUCCAAGGUCGACUUCAUCGCUCGCGGGAUGCUAUCAGGCCCGCUUCCAGCACUCGGCGUGGUGUUGGAGGCUAUCGAAGAUGAAGAUGGUGACGAGGAUGACAUGGUUGCUGGACUGCGAGUAAUGGCAGAGGUAUUUCUUGCUCGCACCCCGGCCCAUGGCUAUCCCAGUCAGGCUCAUGAACUAUUGCAACAUCUCGGCCUUCCGCAAUCACCAACUUUCAAACAUCUUAUCCAAACCUUCCUUUACGACCAACUCCAUCCCGAUGCUCCCAUUCCUGGCUCAGAACAACCACUCAACCUACUUCCCACGUUCAACGGCCGCAUCAAGGUCUUCCACUCUGCUGUGGCCGAAUUCUUCGCACCUAGUGAUCCAGCUGGUGUCGGUGGUAUGCAUCGUGAACAGAUACAAGCCACACCCUCCUGGCGAGGUGAAGGGCCACGUCACGACUGCCUUUUCGCAACAAACGAUCCCAACGUCAAAGGGAUGCUCGGGCUUCACGCGGCUCGCGCCGUUCUGUUCUUCUCCUUCAAGUUCAACCACGUUCUUUAUCCAUGCGCACUCAUCCAGUGGUUUUCACUUGUGGGCGAGGAACCAUGCAAGCAGACAGGGAUGUGGAUAGUUGAGCGUGACUGGGAGGAAGAUGGAACACAAAGUAUGGGGGUCAUUCAUGUUGACAGCAUCGUCCGUGGGGCUCAUCUCAUUCCUGUUUACGGAGAGGAGUUUGUUCCUCGUCAUAUCAAUUUUUCGAACUCUUUAGAUUACUACGCUGCAUACUAUGUAGGCACAGUUGGUGCACACAUCAUCGGUUUCAUCAGUUUUGAUGGUUUCUUCAGCUUCAACUUCAAUGGCUGGGUUGGAUGGGAUAGCUUGGGAUACCCCAUCCUGUAUGAGGUCGUACCACUGUUGGGAAUCAAUUUGAGAGUCGAGGAUGCUGUUUGCGCAAAAGUCACUGGACAACAAGAGAGGAUCAGAUAA